AUGGGCUUGGGUACAAAUAUGGCCAAGUCCAAGAACCAUGCACAACCAGUCCCAAAAAGGCACAGAAACAGCAUCAAGAAACCCCAGUCACAAAGACACGAAUCUCUUAAGGGGGUAGACCCCAACUUCCUGAGGAACAUACACUUUGCCAAGAAGCACAGCAAGAAGAGCUCAAAGAAGAUGCAGGCCAACAAUGCCAAGACCAUGAACGCAUGUGCUAUGGCCAUCAAGGACAUCAUAAAGCCCAAGGGUCUUGGGCUCUGCUGGCCAAAGGCCAAGGCCAAGGCUCGAACAAAGCCCCAGGCUGCUGAUGCAGCUCAGACUCAGGCUCGGGCUCAGAAUCAGGCUCCCAAAGGUGUGCGGGUCCCCACAAAGUCUCCAUAG